AUACAGCCUCUCUAUUGUGCUGCCAUCAGAGGAGACUCUUUGGUUUGUCUGUCCCUUCUGCUCAUCAGUUUCGCGUCUACGGCAUCACAAGUUGCCAUCUUCUGCGUUCCAUCACCAUCAUCCAUGCCUACUGCCGCUUUCAAAGACUCUAUAUCAGCACCCAAUUCUUCUGCCGUAACCCCCCGCAAGCGAACCAUGUCUUUCUCAUCCCCACAACCGCUUAAGAGUGCACGCACGCCGCUGCGUCGUACUGGCUCCUUCCUCUCUUUGGCCGACAUGCAGGCCGCACAUAUCCACGAGUUCAAGCAGGCGGGCAGUUCAACUUCGUAUAAGGCUCAAGCUGAGAACUCGUCUUCUGUUCCCUACACUCGCACGCUACGCCAUUACAAGGAGCAGCGCGAUAGACGAAAGGCAAUCGCUCGAACUUCAGGCGAAACACCGCCUGUAUUCACGGUCACUCCCAUUCAUACACCGGUGGCCGUAAAGGCUUCCUUCCAGCGAUCGACCUCGCCACUUACCCCGCAACCGAACGUCCUUCCACCGAGAACACAUUACCCUCGCUCCAAACCUGAACCAGAUCUUUAUCGUGUGGCGAUUACAACUCGAAUGCGAUCAUCGCCCCAGGGUCAGAAGAUUCUACACAUGGGUCCACGACUCGCUUUAUCGAUACAUACCGCGACGUUGGAGCUCGAACGUAUCGUUGCUGCGCAGCGAGAUUGUGAUAACGAUAUAUCCAUGUCUUCGGGCGGCGAACCAUUGCUAACCACAUCCUGGGUAGUGAUACCACCAGAAGAUUGGGAGAUGGUUGAUGGAAGCUUCUAAUUUGACGGAUUGCGGCGGAGGCGGUGGAAUGGUUGCUCUCACCGUGUUAGGCGGGGGCGGGCAAGUCUGCGAUACCCAAAGGAUGACAGGAGUCACCUUCACUCACUCACUCGACACACGACAAUCUUAGCGUUUAAUGAACAAACGCUUGACUCGGAAUGGAAUACUAUUGAGAUCCCUCUUUUAGUUGAAUGGCAUGACGGAAUCGUCCAUUCUUAUCAUUAUUCUUUUCGUUUCUCUAGCCUUUCCAUGCUCCUUUCAUUCCGUCCACCAAUGCCCCUCGUCACUCUCUCCCACGUUGACGCCUUUUUCUCCUACUUCCCUUCUCCCGCGACAUCUUCUUGGGGUAUUAGGUUUCGAACUUGGAUGUGGUUUUGGAUUUUCGGUUCUUUGUUUCUGUCUCUAUCUGGUUCUCGGACAGCACGUAUGCAAUCUGGCAAUCUUGUAUGGCUAUCUUACACAGUGUAAAAACACCCAUUCCUUGUAGCAACCCUCCUUAUUGUAUUUUCACAAUCAUAUGCACGAGCUUGUGACGCCUCAUUGCGAUGACGCUCCUUGACGCUCCUUUCAUUAGCUUCCAAUACUACAGUCACAUUAAUUGCAUUCUCCUUCCAUAUCCAUUCCGAUGUGCUUCAGAUUAAUAACGAAGCAUUCCCACUCAUCUGAUAUCCGCGAAAUAUCGGUGAGAUGAGGUACCACCGGAGUUGCUUGGGAUCACCAAGGAUCACCAUCGUCCAUAUAUAUUCGGCGCAUCUAUAUCCACAUGCCAUCGAGUCAACUGUCGUCACAAGUAGUCUCUAACAAGUAACAAAUCCGGGAUUGCAGU